GGCUUUUUAGAGAGCUAGUGCAAGGCUUCGGGUGUCAAGCUAAAUUAAUCAUCCAACAAUCUUGGCUCCUGUCUUCCCAGGUCUGUGGCACUCUUCCUGACCACCUGACCACACACACACACACACACACACACACACACACACACACACACACACACACACACACACACACACACACACACACACACACACACACACACACACACACACACACACACCAUCCCAAUGUCACCAUGCCCAUAAUCAGCAACGCCAACCAUGACUUCGCCAACUACUCGGUCAGCAGUGACAACAGCAGCCUGGACUGCUUCUUCACAGAGAUCCCAGAGACAGAGACGGUCAAGGGAGUGUACUACCAGCGUGCCCAGCUGCUCCGCAACGACCCCGACGGGGCCUGGCCCUCUGUCGACCACACCCUGCAGGCCUUGAUCAACGUGGGGGGUAACUGCUACACGUUCCCCUGGACCACCCUGGAGCAGUUCCCUCUGACCCGGCUUGGGCGGCUGCGUAUCUGCUCCAGCCCCGAGGACAUCGCCGGGCUCUGUGACGACUACGAUGAGACCCGGAGGGAGUACUUUUUCGACCGGAGCCCCACAGCGUUCAGGGUCAUCCUGAACUUCCUGGCGGCCGGGAAGCUCCGCCUCCUGCGAGAGCUAUGUGCCGUGUCACUGCACGAUGAGCUGGACUACUGGGGGGUCGAUCCCGCCCGUAUGGAACACUGCUGCCGCCGGCGCAUGUUGACAUGUGUCGAGGAG